UCCAGGAGCUACUCAUGACUCCAUGGCUUUCAACAUGUUGCCAUUGAAAGCGCAUUUAGAGGAGCAACAUCUCAAUGGCCGUCGCAAUACCUGGCUCCCCGGUGAUGCUGGAUACGCUCUAAAACCUUAUUUAAUGACGCCGUUCAGAAACUCUGAGGAAGGGUCUCCACAAAGGACCUACAACAAACAACAUGCCAAAGCGAGAAGUAUAAUUGAGAGAACAAUUGGAGUCCUGAAAAAUCGAUUUAGAUGUUUGUUGCAGGCAAGAGCUCUUCACUAUUCUCUAAAAAAAGCAACACAAAUUAUUAAUGUGUGUGCAGCUUUGCACAACAUUUGCUUGUUUUAUAAUGUUCAACUUCCGGAUGAAGAGUUAUCCGACGAGACCCUCAACGAUGAUGCUGAAGAUAUUGAAAUGGAGUUAAAUAACGGAGAAUAUUAA